GCUGACAACAAUGAAGCGCACUUAACGUUAGUUUAGUCCGCGCCGGUGUGAACGCAAGGGUAACCGCAAACCUCACGCGGAUCCCGUAUGUUUUUGGGCUUGUCACGGCCCGGUAUCGCGUAUAUUAAACCUAUGCUCGGUCGUGCGCUCAUAGUGACGCUCUGACGCGCGCGCAAAGCGACUGAAGCUUUGUUUUAGCUCUCUCCCAAAAAUUUGGCGCCUUUGCUCUUUUAUAACGGUUGCUUCAGAGCUCGCUCAAGUGCGUCAGUCGUGGCCAUGAUCACCUCCACCCCGAUGGAGAGCCGCGCCUCCACCGUGCGCUCCUCCAGGCGGAGCGGCGCGUCUCCGUCCGGCGUCAGCCCGACGCGUCUGACGCGCCUGCAGGAGAAAGAAGACCUGCGGCAGCUCAACGACCGUCUGGCCAACUACAUCGAGCGCGUGCGACAGCUGGAGAACGACAAGAGCUCGCUGCAGCUCCUGGUGGAGGAGAAGGAGGAGGUCACGCGCAGGGAGGUCGGGAGCGUGCGCCGCCUGUACGAGACCGAGCUCGCGGACGCGCGCAAGGCUCUGGACGCCACCGCUAACGAGCGCGCACGUCUCCAGAUCGAGCUGACGCAGCUGCAGGAGGAGCACCGCAGACUCACGGCCAGGAACAGUAAGAAGGAGAGUGAGCUGAGCACGGCUGUGGGACACUGGAGGAAUCUGGAAGCUGCUCUGAACUCUAAAGAAGCUGAUUAUGCUAACGUCCUGUCCAGCAACCGCAGGCUGGAGAACCAGCUCUCUGAGCUCACCACCCAAGCGGCCAAUCUUGAAUCAGGGCUGCAGAACCUGAAGACGCAGCUGAACUCAGAGAUGCUGCGGCGUGUGGACGCAGAGAACCAGCUUCAGACGCUUCAGGAGCAGCUGGACUUCCAGAAGCAUCUCAGUGAACAGGAGGUGCGAGAGAUGCGCAGUCGUCACGAGAGCCGGCUGAUGGAGCUGGACAGCGGCAGACAGAAGGAGUUCGAGGGGAAGCUAGCCGAAGCCAUGAAGCAGCUCCGAGAGGAACACGAAGGCCAAAUCCAGCAGUACAAGGACGAGCUGGAGAAAACCUUCGCUGCCAAGCUGGAGAAUGCCAAGCAGGCGGCGGUGAAGAACAGCGACUUCGCCUCGUCGACGAGAGAAGAACUGGCGGGAACCAAACUCCGACUGGAGUCUCAGUCCAUUCAGAUCAACAACCUGCAGAAACAGAAUGCGUCUCUGGAGGCUCGUGUUCAGGAGCUGGAGCAGAUGUUGGACCGCGAGCGUCAGAUGAACCAGCAGCGGCUCUCACAGAAGGAGCAGGAGAUGGCUGAGAUGAGGCAGCAGAUGCAGGAGCAGCUGGAGGAGCACCAGAACCUGCUGGACGUCAAGCUCAUGCUGGACAUGGAGAUCAACGCUUACCGCAAGAUGCUGGAGGGAGAGGAGAAGCGACUGAAUCUGUCUCCGAGUCCGGUCCAGCAGGCGUCUGUCUCUCGCACACACGCUCAAGCCGUGAGGAAACACUGGACGAGGAAGCGCAAACACGAGGGCUCGAGUUCAGGACUGUCCCCCAGCUACAAGCUUUCCCAGCAUUCCUCGUCGCGCGGGAACCUGUCCAUCGACGAGAUCGACCUGGACGGACGCUUCAUCAGGAUCAAGAACAACUCUGAUCAGGAUCAGUCUGUCGGCGGAUGGGUGUUGAGGAAGAGUGAAGCAGAAGCUCCUGACGUGGUGUUUCAGAUCCCCUCUCCGUGUGUGCUGAGCGCAGGACAGACGCUGACGGUGUGGGCCGCGGGGUCAGUGAUGGAGCAGGUGCCGCGGGGGGAUCUGGUGCUCAGGACCCAUGAGACCUGGGGCCCGUUUGGAGAGGUGCGCGUCUCCCUGCUGAACCCACAGAACGAGGAAACGGCAGAGUUUUGUCUGGUGUGUGUUCAGGGUAAAGCUGACGAGGAUCUGGAGAUUGACGAGAACAUCCCGAGUCGUGAAGUCCACCUGCGCCGACAGCCCAAAAGAAGAAAAAAGAAAUGUUGUUCUCUGUCCUGAUGGGCUGGAGGCUCAGAGACACAAUCAGGACGCCAGCUGCGUCGUCAUGUGAGUCUCAUCUCGACUUCAGACGCUCGUCUAACCGUUCGCUCGCACUUAUCUCUGAGAAAUGUUCAGAGACCAAACUGGAUUCUUUUUUACAUGAAUUCUUUGCUGUUGUUCUUCAAAUAAUAAAGUUUAAAAACUGUUAGGUUAUAAAUUAAAAUAAAUGCUUUUUGAAAAACCA